UAUGUUCUUUUUUAUUUCCCCUUUUUCUCUCAGCUCAAUUCUAGUCCACAACCAAUUCAAUUCUUCUCCCCUUCUUCAUUCUCUGUAUAUAAUCUAAAUUAAUCUCCCGCUGUAGUUUAAUUGCGUCACGUAAAUUCGGUAUUCUUUCUGGAUUCUUUUAUGUGGAAAAUUGGAAGAAAAAAAAUGCACGACUAGAUUUCUCUGCCGGAUCAGAUCAAGCGCUUUUUUUCAGAUUGUGGUUGAUAUUGCAGUGCAGCUUCGUUUCAUUUGAAUUUCUGUUUUUGCACUGCUGCUGAGCUAUGGUGUCGAAAAAGAGGCUGGGUUAUGGAUUCAGCGGUUACCGGGGCCCUGUUAUUCCUAGAGCUCCUAGAUCUAUUAGGAAGAGAGUCCCACACAAGAAAUUGGUAGAGGAAAGUGAACUUUGCGCCUUCGAAUUGCUUGCAGCUGUAGCUGGAAAGUUGUUACUUGAGAGUGAAAGUUCUGCUUCCAGUAAUGUAGCAGAAGCGAAAUCCCAGCUCGGCAGUCCCAGAGACAGAAAUGAGAAACGGCAGCCUAGAGACGAUAAAGCUCUGAAAUCGGAAAGCUUUGACCAUGGAAGUUGUGCUGAGAGUGCAUUUGUUCCAAAAGUUUCUGUUAAGGGUAUUCCGGAAUCAGAAAAUGAUCAGGUUGUUGAGCAGACUGCUGUACAUGCAAGUUCUGAUUUCCAACAUAAACUCGACUAUGAUAUGAAGCUUGGGAUUUCUGAGGAGAAGAGUCUGGAUGAAAAUGCCACAUGUAAAAUAGAAAGCUCCAAUUUCAUUGGUGAGAGUCUUAACAGCAAAGUAGAGAGUGGAUCAGAAGUGCAAUCACAGGGUGACAAAAAUCAGAUAGGUCUCUUAUCAAUGGCUAACACAUCGACUGUAAAUGAUCCAAUCGGUGAAUAUGUGAAUACUAAUGUUCUGUCUAACCCAGAGAGUAGCGUCAAGUUUCCCUUGUACAGAGACUCGAAACCUGAUGCUUUGUUGAAGAAGUGUUACAACAAUGUAAAGGUAGGGACUAGAGAUGAUGACGAAAAUUCUUUUAGGUGCAAUAAGUCUAGCACCAAGAGUAGGCCCUUGAGGCCACAACCUAGUAUUUUACGUCAUAGAAUGAGGAAGAUGAUGACGUCCAAAUACUGGAGAGCAACUCCCAAGCUGAUGGAUUACGAACUUUAUAGCACCAGUGAAGGAAUGAAGACAUUUUACCGGUAUAGAAAGAGCAUGCAUGCACGAGAAAGGUGUGAACAAGCACCUCUUAAGAAAAGGAAAUUGUCUGAUCGCAGCUUUAGUGUUGCAAUUGAUCAGGAGCAGAGCAGUGACAGCAUCUUCAAUUUGCCUGAGAAAGCUAGUGGAGCUUCAGUUAAUGGUCUCGCAAAAGCAAAGGAUCCUAAUGUGACGUUUAGCAUUAAGUCCUUCAAGGUACCAGAGCUGUACAUUGAUGUCCCUGAAACCGCAACUGUUGGUUCUCUGAAGAGGACUGUUGUGGAUGCAGUUGCAGCUAUACUUGGGGGUGGAAUAAGAGUUGGGGUAAUUUAUCAAGGGAAGAAGGUCAGAGAUGACCAAAGGACUUUGCAGCAAGCUGGUAUUUCUCAGUGUGCCAACCCUGAUAACCUGGGUUUUAUAUUAGAACCGAGUUUCACACAUGUUUCCCCAUCCGAGACUCCUAAGAAACCUCCUGUGUUAUUUCCAUGUGCAGACCGACCCUUGCCUAGGUCUCCUAUCUCCCCAAUGACCAAUUCAGGGGUGUCAAACGCCUCGGUGGACCGUCUGCUAGUAACAAAGUCAGACAAUGUGGACAAUAAUGAUUAUAUAUUGUCUCCAACGACCCCUGAUAAUAAGCUAACAGAUGCAGCCGUUAUUGACUCCAAGGCAUUGAUACCAGCCCCUGCCCCUCCAAUGAAUGUGGAGCCCCUUGCUGCAAUCCCUGCAAAUUUGAAACAUAAACGCAGUGAGAUGUCACAGCGUAGAACUAGGAGACCGUUCUCUGUGACAGAAGUGGAAGCACUAGUUGAAGCUGUUGAAACGCUGGGAACUGGAAGGUGGCGGGAUGUUAAAAUGCGUGCUUUCGAGGAUGCUGAUCAUAGAACAUACGUCGACUUGAAGGAUAAAUGGAAGACACUGGUCCAUACAGCCAGCAUUUCCCCUCAGCAGAGACGGGGAGAGCCCGUGCCACACGAGUUGCUGGACCGCGUUUUAUCUGCGCAUUCUUAUUGGUCGCAGCAUCAGUCGAGACAACACGGUAAGCACCCAGCUGACCCUUUGAAUGUCGAUUCUCGCGAGGGGAUCCUUGGAGCUUGAAGGAUCGAAAAAUAAUGUUGUUGAUUGUAAAAUGUUGUUAUUUUAGGAUUAUGUUGUAACAAUGAAGUUGUAAAAAUGUGUUGUAUUCAGUUUGUUUCAUUCUGUGAUUUGUUGUCCAGUAUUUCACUGACUCUGACUAGUCAUUAGACUGGUUUUUUUGUAAAUAAUUCUUGUAAUAAAAUGGGAUAACAUUAAUCAAUGUAGUCCUUGACUCCUUGUAGCCUA